AUGUCUCUCAAAGCAGAGCUCGAAACAUGGGCCGCCGCCCUCAAGGCCUACGAUGAAGAGGACUUUGAAAAGUCCCUCGAGCUCUUUGCCACCAUCGCAGACUCCUCCAAGAUCCUCACCAACACCGGCCUCAUCUACGCUACCCUCGGCGAGCACGAGGCCGCCGUCGAGCAGUUCGCCGCCGCCUGCCAGCUCGACCAGUACCUCGCCGUCGGCUACUUCCAGUCCGGCGUAUCCAACUUCCUCCUCGGUCGCUACGACCUCGCCCUCCGCGACUUUGACGACGCCCUCCUCUACAUGCGCGGCAACACCGACAUCAACUACGAGCAGCUCGGCCUCAAGUUCAAGCUCUACUCCGCGGAGGUCCUCUUCAACAAGGGCCUCACCAGGAUCUACCUCGGCCAGGUCGACGACGGCCUCCGCGAGCUCCAGGACGCCCGCAAGGAAAAGGUCACCGACGAGCACAAUGUCAUCGACGACGCCAUCGCCGACCGCGGCGACGGCUACACCGUCUUCUCCAUCCCCGUGGGCGUCCUCUACCGUCCCGCGGAGAAGAAGCUCAAGAACGCAAAGACGAAGGACUACAUGGGCAAGGCGAAACUCGUCGCCGCCGAGGACGCGUCGCAAGCGUUCACCGAAUUCACCGGCGUAGCGCGCAUGAAGCAGUCCAUGGGGCUCACCCCCGACGCCGCCAGCCCCCUCACCCGCUCCGCCACCAUGGCGAACCCCGUCGCGGCCCCGAAGGCCGACGACGACUUCCGCGCGCCGCCCCUCCAGCGCGCCAAGACCACCAUCAACGUGUCCGUCGCCCCGCGCGCCAGCCCCGCCUCCGCCCCGCCCGACCGGCCCGCCAACGCCUUCGCGUCCACCCCGCGCGCGGGCUCGCCGCCGAACAACCCGCCCGCGUCCGCCGCGCCGCUCGGGCGGUCCAACACGUCCGCGGGGCGGCUCGGGUCGGGGAUGGGCCCGACGCGCGGGCUGAGCAUCCGCAAGCCGGGCGCGCCCGCGCCCGCCGGGCCCACGGGCGUGCGCACGACCGAGAUCUACGACAGCUACCUCGACGGGUACGCGGACGAGCCGCUGCCGCCCGUGCCGGAGCUGCGCGCGGGCCAGGGCCAGGGCCCGCGCCGCGCGGGGACGCUGCGCCAGCCGCAGAGCAUGUACUCGAACGCGGGGACCGCGGGCGGCGGCGGCGGCAGCAUGCGGAGGCGGCCGACGCGCCGGCCGACGAUGGCGAAGCGCGCGGUGAGCUCGUACGAGGAGGAGGAGGGGUACGAGAGCGGGGAGUGGGACGAGGGCCCGAUGGAGCUCAUGAAGAUCCGCGUGAAGCUGCACUACAACGACGACGUGCGCGGGAUGGCGUUCGCGCCGGACAUGCCGUGGGACGAGUUCCUCGACCGCGUCACGGGCAAGUUCAACCGCGCGCUCGACGGGCUCGGGAUGAAGUUCAAGGACGAGGACGGCGGCAAGGUGAGCCUGCGCGACGAGAUGGACUACGAGCUCGCCAUCGAGACCGCGCGCGAGAGCGCGAAGGGCAAGUCGGAGGGCAAGCUCGAGAUCUGGUGCAUGGACGAGUGA